ACACCAUCUACCAUAAACGACCCUUCCAUCACAAUAUGACAUCGCUUGCAUACGCACAAUAUACCGUCGACUCUGCUCCCAUCGAGGCACUCAGUGAACCCCCAUCAAACCCCUCUUUCUCCCCACCACUCUCAACUACGUCAUCCGACAACGACAUACCUACUCGCGGUCGCCUAGACGCCACUAGACCCAGACUUGGAAGUCCACAAGCACUCAGAGCAAGUCUCAUGGCAAUUGUCGACCGUGUCGAAGCUGUCAAGAUUGAGCACGAAAAGCUCGAAGGCGGCAACAAGUUCCUUCAAUCCAAAAUCACAUCAGCGGCUCCACCCAAGAAGGGUAAGAGUCGCAAUGCGAAG